UGCAGCGCAGCGGUGAAGGCGGGUUAUCCGUGCAUGGCAGGGGCAAACGGACAUUAUUGCAUUAGGUAGCUAAUAAACAACGAGGAACUUGUGAGCCAGUCAGUCCGGGACAGUACCAUUGUUGUCUCUGUCAAAGCUGUGUCCCGACCGUCUAGUCAACCAGACAUGGCACCUUUCGGUCUGAUGUUUUCUGGGGUUUGCCUUUUGAAAAAGUCAUUCAGUCUCUUCUCCCACGCAUCCAGUCUUACAAGGCCUCCUGUUUGGACGGGGGCUGGUGCCUGCUGGACUGUAAAUUCAUCAAGGUUCGUCAAUGUGAUCCCAGCGGUAAAGAGUUUGACCACCAUUGCAGGCGCUCCCCCUAAGAGGCCCCUGAACGGAUACAUGAGAUUUGUGAAACAGCAACAACCUCUCGUUGUCAGGGAGUAUCCAGAUGUCAAAGCUGUCGAUGUGAUAAGGAGGAUUGCACAGCAGUGGAGAACUCUGACAGCAGACCAGAAACAGCCUUUUCAACAGGCGUCAGUGGUUGCCAGGGAACAGUUUAAGGUGGACAUGCAGAGGUACCAGUCCCAGCUCACACCUGCAGAGGCUGCUGCUCUGAAACAGGAGAGGAGACUGAGGCUGGCCAAGAGGAAAGCCAUCAGGAGGAAGAGGGAGUUGAACAGUCUUGGCAAACCCAAACGGCCCCGGUCGUCCUUUAACAUCUUCAUGGCAGAACACUUUGAGGAGUCCAGGGGGACGACCACACAGGGCAAGAUGAAGAUGCUGCGGGAGGACUGGACCAAACUGUCAACCUCACAGAAACAAGUCUACAUGCAGCUGGCGGAGGAUGAUAAAGUGCGCUAUAAGAAUGAGAUGAAGUCCUGGGAGGAACACAUGAUGGAUAUUGGACGGGAGGACCUGAUCAGACGGAAAGAGACCCACAAGAACAAAACCGCUACUAAAAGAGGCAAACAGAAAUCCAAAGUGAAAGUGGUGAAAACUAAAUCUGCAGGAGCUACGACAGUGAGGAGUGGGAAAAAGGCCUGAGUUGUUCUGGAGAGGAAGGGCGAUGAAGGACCCUGUUCAAAGAUGGAGUGGGACUGAAUGAUCUGAGGGGUGCGCUCUCUUCUCUCCUUGGGCCUCUCCUCCCUCACUCUUCUGUCCUUCUUUGGUGCAACAUGGGCCUCUUCCUUUAACCUGGGGGAAGGAGUUCAAUGUUAACAUGUAUUCUUCUAAACUGGAUCCUUGGUAGUCUAAUGGAAUGUGUCUUCAAGCAAUACAGUCGACACUCACUCAUCUUUACUCUUCCUCAGAGAAUGGACAUUGGGUACGAAGGUUUUCUGUAAUAAAAAUAUAAAUGUAUUAAUUUCUA